UCUAUCUCUUCCUUGGAUAUACAAAAAAUAAUAUUGUCGUACAUUGUCACAAACAUUACAAGUAUCACAUCAAUCUUAUGCUAUUUCAUAAAUUUCCAAUUAAAUUCAAAUUAGACGAUCGUUAGAAAACAUUAUUUCCGAUUACACAAAACAAGAUAACGCAUAAUAUUAAAUAACAGAUCAAAAAUACCUUCAAAAAUCUUCUUUUUUAACUUUUUUUGCUUGAAAAUUCAUUUUUGUUUUACCUUCCUAACCUAUCUCCACCGUAUGCACUUAUACCGAAUUAAAUAUGUCAUAUCACACUUUAUCUUUAUCGAAUCUCUAUUUCACAAUUAACAAUAAAAAUAUCCACAGAUUAAUAUCUCUUCUUUUCUGAUACAACGUCAACAUAGUUCUAUCCAGAACUUUCUGUUACGCUGUUACACUCGAUUGCCCCCCACCAUACACAGUUUCACAAUGAAGAGUUCUGCAACGCAUCCUAAAUCAUGCAUAACUCACCGAUCAUAUACAUUACGGCUAAAAUACCAUAGGAAAUAUCGAUAGCAUUUGCCAAUGGAUAUAUUUUAAUACUUUUCCUUCGUGGAAAUUCACGAAUAUCAUUAAAGUCGAAUAUAAAUGUGUCGGUUAUACACGAAUAAAAGUAUAUUUGGAGAUGAAAGGGACGGUAUGUUGAAACGAUUGGUUCUGAAACUUUUGAUGGAUAAUUGAUAGAACGCUCUCUCCCUAUAAAUCCCUUGUCGUGCAAUCUGAUCGCUCGAAGAUCAGUAUGAAUUUGAAAUAUCGUAAAGACCUUGCUUUUACCGUAGCAUCUUUCUAUCUAAGGGUCGUUGGCUUUUGGUUAACCACCAGUCGCCUGGAAGAAUGGUUCAGAAUAGGCAUGGUCGGGUAUACUAUACUCGCGAUCACCUUCUCUGCAUGGGUUCAAAUAAGAGGACUUUAUUUCAAUUGGGGAGACUUUAGCGCCUGUACUUACAUCGCAUGCGAUGGUUUGGGACUCGUCAUGGAUUUCUUCAAAAUUUUCAGCCUAUUCGUAUAUCAGAAGAAGUUUCUUGGUUUGAUGGUAUACAUGCAGAAAAAUUUCUGGCAUUACAACUACGAUGAAGAGGAAGACUUAAUCGUGAAAGAUACGAAGAGAAUAACCGCGUAUUUUGUCUGUAUUCUCACAUUUUCUUCUCUAUCUUCGAUUUUCACGUAUAUGUUCAGACCAUUGUUGACAAAUAUUGGAAGAAACGAAACAGAUAGGAUACUUAUAUUUAAUAUGUAUCUGGACCUGCCAUUGUCUAUUUCACCGUAUUAUGAAAUUGCAUACACGAUACAGAUUGCUGCUUUAAACCAGGCCGGCAGUUGUUACUUUUGCUUCGACAAUAUAUUUUGCAUCUUGUGCCUGAACGUAGCUUGCCAGUUUCGUAUAUUACAAUACAGAAUAGCCAAUGUGCCAAUUUUAAAAAUGAAAGAAAACCUCGACACGAAUACAAAUUCUUCAGACGAGUGUUACAACGCGUUUAAAAAUUACAUUCAACAGCAUCAAGCUCUCCUCGACUUCUGCGAAACCCUCGAAGAGAUAUUCACAAUAAUCGUGAUCGGGCAAAUAUUAAUGUUCAGUAUAUUAUUCUGUUUCCUUGGAUAUCAAGUGAUCUUGGCAGAUCUCACCCUCUCUUAUCGCAUCUCCUUCAUAUCUUACCUAUUCGCCGGUAUGUGCCAGUUGUGGAUGUUCACGUACAGUUGUGAUUGCGUAACGCAAGAAAGCGCGAAAAUAGCCUCGGCCGUGUACACCUCGCCAUGGAUAAAUCUACCGAUGGAUAAGUUUGGGAAAAUGUUACGACAAGAUUUGCAAAUUGUCGUCAUGAGGUCAAGACGAGCCUGUUGCCUGACCGCGUGCGGUUUCUUUCCUAUAUCCCUUGAGACUUACACCAAAAUCAUGAGUACCACAAUGUCAUAUUUCACCUUGCUGAAACAACGAACAGUAGAUACAUAAUUUCUUCAGUUUUCAAUUUCACAAAGUGUCCUGGUCAACGAACAAAUCGUUUAAACGAGAAAACGAGCAAUGAUUAAACAAAAAAAAAACAAGAAAUAUUCGUAAUUUUAAUCAAUUCUAUGUUAUUCAAUGACAAUAAGGUAUAACGGACUGAUUCAAAACUUUCAAGUAAGUUUUUAAGUAAGUAAAUUUUAUUAAUUAACAAAUUAAUUAAAACUUGUCUCGUAAUACAUUCAAAAUUACUUUUUAUUUUCAUUAUUUUUUAAACUAUUAUACGUUACCUAUUUUACGAAGCAAAAUUUUUACAUUAAUUGUAUUUCACUUACUUCGUGUUAAAUAAGACACCAUGUUAAAAUAAAAUAUAAUAUCUUUAUAAAAUAAAGGCACACAGAGCAAAUAUCGAUUAUUUUAUUAUAAUAUAAUAAUAAGUACUUUAUUGCAAUACAAAAGUUGUUCAAAUGCUAUAUUGUGAAGAUCAAUUCUGAAAAUCAAAACGUAAAAAUUGAUAUACAAAAAUAUCGAUUGAGGCUUAUUUAAACUUGCUUUGGACAAAAUGAGAAGGACAAAGUGUGAUAGAGAGGUCUCUAUCUCUAUCUUCCUUCCUCUAAAAUUGUUUAUAACUUAAUGAAUAAGUUUCAACCGAUAUUUUUGCGUUUAUUUUCUUCUAGAAUCCUCUAGAAUCGAUCUUUCAAAAGUGUUCCAUGAAUAUCCUGUACAUACUUAUAUUAAUGAUUAAUUAUAAAUCACAUGUAAUUGACUAUCAUCAACACACAAUUUGAUAUUUUGCCAAUUUCAAAGCAGAGAAGCUUUCAAGAAAUUACGUAAUCACAAUUAAAAGUUUAAUUUUAAGUUAUGUCACAUUAUUGCAUAACGCACGAUUGCAUCUUAUAUGCGUCGAAAGAAAAAUAAAUGAUAAAAUUUAAAACAAAAAAUUAAAUGGAAUAUAAUUUUCUGCUAGAAAUUUUUAUAUUCCAAAUAAUAAGUAAUUAUAUUUUAUUCGAUGUGUAUUACUGAUAAACAUUGUUUUAUUGUUUUUUUAUAAAUGAUACAAAAUGUAAGAAACGUAAUAGCUGAUACUUUACUAUACAAAAAUUAUUCUCUAAAUGAAUCACACGCAAAAACAUUCUUUCUUAUUUAAUGUUGUCAGAAUUCGUUUUGUAGAAUUUUGGAAGGAAAAGAUGCGUAAUAAUAUUGAAUAAUAUAUAUGUAUAUAUAUGACGGAUCAAAAUUAGAACAAGAAUCAUUGUAAAGUUUUAAAAUAAUUUUAUUAUAUGAACAAUAUAAUGGAGAUUCAAAGCCUCGAUUUUCGGCAGACGCGCUGUUUCCACUUCCAAGAACCUAUUCAUUCAUCUAUCCAUUUCUUAUUGCGUUUAUUUUAUCAAAUCUUUAAGCAUUCUUUAAAAAUUAUCGCGAGACAAAUGAGAAGAAAAAUAUUUAUAACAAACAUAUAUAUAUAUAUUUUUACUUCUAAUAAAUCUGAUUUUCGUCUUGGAAACGGAUCAAGCGGAUCUGACGCUAACACGAGACUUCGUUUUCAGUGAACAGAAUUUUAACAGAAAUUUGUUAAUGCUGAGAGUCACUUAAAUUUAUUCCUCGUCCUCCUCCUCCUGUCCAGUCAACAUUGCAAUAAGACUUUGCGUGUCGAUAAAUCCCUUAUCAUCAAUGUACAUAUUAUCAUACGCAUCGUUGACCUCCUUCGCGGUAAAUUUGUCACCAUACGUCAUCAAGGCGUGCCUCAACCU